ACGGGCACUUCCCCACUCAUUCGACUCAUCAAGGCCAAGAGCACUGGCCAAAUAUCAACAGGAAGCACAAAGUCAACAUUAAACAUACAUCAUCCCUUCUCAUAUCCCUGCCUGUCAUACUGAGCUGGCGUUAAUCUAGCUCACGAACUCUUCCCUAGCGCGAUGGCUUCGUUAUUUGAUUGUCUGCAGCUUUGGCUCCACUUGCACUGUUUAAGGCUACGCUGCUCUUGAAUCAACGUGGCUGGUUAAGGGGGACUAGCUGAACCUACCUACUGCUGGGAGUUCAAGUGAAGGCCAGUCAGAACCACAUCAACUUUAUCAAAUCCUGUAUUCAUACCAUCGCCACAAUGCAAACGCUCAAUGAUCUGCGCUCUGGCGCAUGUAAAGGCCUCUCCAAGGUCAAAUUGACUUGUCUACUGGAUGACUUUCCACUAGAGAUUCUCUCUCUUGGUCCAGAUCUGAUACAUCUCGACCUGUCAGGCACAGGCAUCUCCUCUCUUCCUUCUGACAUUGGCACCCAGUUACCCAAUCUCAAAAUUUUAUUCUUGUCGGAAUGCAGAUUCACAACCUUUCCCUCGGCCCUUGCAUCAUGCUCGUCUCUUUCAAUGGUCGCCUUCCGCAACAACGGAAUGGCCUCCAUCCCGGAGAACUCCUUACCGCCAAAGCUGAGGUGGCUCAUCUUGACAAAUAACAGGAUUAGUGCCUUGCCCAAGUCCAUUGGCUCUUGCGCUCAGUUGGAAAAGUGCAUGCUUUCGGGGAACACUCUUAGCGAACUGCCGGACGAGAUGGCACGAUGCCAGAAGCUGACCCUUCUGCGCUUGUCGGCCAACAAAAUCGAACAGCUUCCCGAUUGGCUUUUCAAACUCCCCAACCUCGCAUUUCUCUCCUUUGCCGGCAACCCCUGCACAGCAUCAGAACGGACGACCGGGCGUGCUCGUCGCAACUCGGAAAGCCUCCCACAGAUCCGGUGGGCUGACCUCACUACACAUGACGUCCUUGGUGAGGGUGCCUCCGGCAUCAUCUCCAAGGCGACCUGGCGCCGGGACGGCUCUGAGGAAGACGUGGCGGUGAAGCUUUUUCGUGGCGUGCUGACCAGCGACGGCACGCCCAUCGACGAGAUGCGGGCAUGCAUGUCUGCCGGGGCGCACGCCAACCUCGUCGACGUUCUAGGCCGAAUCCAUGGACAUCCAGAUGAUGGCCGGCGGCCAAGGACCGGCAAGUUUCAGGGCGGCUUAGUCAUGCAGCUCAUUCCUCCGACGUACCGGACACUGGGCAAGCCUCCGUCUCUGGACAGCUGCACCAGGGAUUGCUACGACGCCUCGGAUCCGACCCUGUCUGCCAAAACCGCCGUUAAGAUCCUGGCGGGCGUGGCAGCCGCCGCGAGGCACCUGCAUUCCAAUGGAAUCUACCAUGGUGACCUGUACGCGCACAACAUCAUGGUUGACGACGAGGGGCGGGCCCUAUUGGGGGAUAUGGGGGCUGCGACGAUCUACGGGGACGACGGGCGAUUCUCGCUGCUCGAGGGGCUCGAGGUAUUAGCUUUUGCACACCUGGUCGAGGAUGUGAGGGGCCUGGUGCGUGACUCCGGUUCCGACUCGGCCGAGGAGGUUCUAGAACGGCUCAAGGAGCUACAUCGCCGGUGUUCGGUGUCCCUGGUAGCAGACCGACCAUCAUUUGAGAACCUCGUCGAGACGUUACAAGGUUUGUUGGUGCUUUGCAAGGAUGAAUGAUUUAUCAACCGUCGGGCUUAGUUUUGCCUGGAUGCGGUCGGGGUACGGAUGAUCUGAAGCCAGGAGCUCGUCCCUCAUGGAACCUUGACAAAAGUUACCGAGUCUGUGAUUAUCCUGCUUGUCAUCACACAUGCAUCGGAACUCGCUGGUAUGUUCGGCGGAUUUACCAAUCCGGCAUAUCGAGGUACUUUUGGUACCUUGGGUACUUUGUGCACAUCGGGCAAAUUGGACAUUUCGAGUAGGUGAAUCGAGUGAUGCUCAGUCAUCAAAGCAGAGAUGUCGUCCCGCCCACGAUUUUAUAUUGAUUACAGUACCACACAUGGACUGUUGAGAUGAUAAGACAAUCAAGUUGAUCUCGCCCUGCGUCCUAUUAGACAACCUUUAAACAGCCUUAUGGUAGCGAACCAACAUCCUGACUAUGAACACAAAAGCUUGAAUACGGGGAGAUAUGCAUCCAAAGUUAUCCAAGGAAAAACCUCGCCAAAACCUUGUCCACAUCGGCAAGCCUCCCACUUUCCGUCAA